GCCGGCAUAAGGAGGAGAGGAGGGGGGUGAAGAGGACAUAGGGCACCAAGGACUAAGCAAGAGACACGCUAUAUAAUAUAUAUAUAUAUAUAUAUUCCUUUAUUUAUAGAUAUAGAACUGCUUCACCCCUCACUAGUAACAAGUAAGCCCAACUGCAACCUCCUCACCUGCAACAGAACACAAGGCAACGAGCAGCUUAGGGUUUUAUAUAUAUAAUAUAUGUAUAUGUGGUUUAUUUUUCUUUAUAUUUGUAUUAUUUUGUAGGCAGAGCAGAGAGCCGCGCUGUAUAUAGAAUCUAUGACAUAGUAAUAUAUAUAUAUCUAUCUAUAUUAUAUAUACAGAGAGAGAGAGAGCUAUAAUUGUAUGUAAUAUAUAAGGCUUAGAGUAAGGCACAGCAGCACUACAGGAGCAGUGAAUCCCGGCCGGGCAGGGAGCGCAGUGUGACAGGGAGAGCGCAGUGUCCCAGGCAGCGCCACUCGCAGCCGAUAGAUGGGGGAUUACGGCUUCGGGUUACUGCAGGCGGCCAAUCUCUCCAGCGGUAGCGGUGGCAGUGGCGGUAGCGGUGGCGGCGGGGGCAGCCUGUUUGGCGGAGGGGCGUACAGAGGCAGCGCUCAGUUCCCGUCCCUGUCGGCCGCUUCGGGCAGCGCCCUGUUCCUCUCGGCCGGGUACCAGCAGGUGAUGCAGGAUGAGCUGCUGCUGGGGGUGAGCUGUGCCCCCGGGAGUAAGCACAGUAUUGCUGCCAAGAGCGGCCCAAGCCGAGCCUCCCCGCCUGCCCUGCUGCUACAGGAACCGGCCAAGAGGAAGGACUUCAGCCCCCAGGAGGGGGACGCGUUUAGGGAGGAGCUGAAGAAGCAGCCCGGGGAGAUGAAUCAGCAGCCCUCAGCUUACCAGCGCCAGGGAUCGCCGGCGGCAGCAGCAGCAGCAGAGGAGCUGGACUGUCCGGACAAGAAUCUGCCAGGCUCUCCUUCCUCUUCCUCCUCUUCCUCGUCCUCCUCCAGCUCUUGCUCGGCCGAGGAAGCGGUUCUGGGGGAGGCUCAUGCGGCAACGUCCCCCCCUGCUCUGUCUCACCACCACCUGCCGGCUAAAGGCAAGCUGCCGAUGGAAGCACAGGGGGGGCAUCUCCCCAACCUGCUGGGGGGCCCAUACCCCGGAUCCCCAGAAUUACCCAGCACGCAAACCCCAGGGGGAUCCCCCCCAGCCCUGCCGGGGUUCGGUACCCCAUGGUCUGUACAGACUUCAUCGCCUCCCCCGCCGCCUCCCGCACUGCCACAGCAGCAGCAGCCGGCUACACCACACCCUGCCGGGCCGAACCUCAACGCCCUGCAUAGCCCGGACCCGGACAGCUUCUACCCUGGCAUCCCCUCCUCCAUCAACCCGGCCUUCUUCCAGAGCUUCUCUGGCAACCCCUGCCCAGGAAUCAAUGUGCCCGGAUUCAGCAGCCCAUUCUCUGCUCAGAUCAACAUCCCCCAGCAGCAGCAGCAAAGCCGGAGGUCCCCAGUAAGCCCCCAGCUGAACCCCCAGCACCACCAGGCAGCAGCCUUCCUACAGCAGAGGAACAGCUACAAUCACCACCAGCCAAUUGUUAAGCAAUCCCCAUGGAGUGGCCAUCAAAGUAGUGGUUGGAGCACUGGCAGCAUGUCCUGGGGUGGAAUCCAUGCCAGAGAUCAUCGUCGUACUGGCAACAUGGGAAUGCCUGGCAACAUGAGCCAAAUCUCCCCUCUGAAGAAGCCCUAUUCUGGAAACGUCAUUGCACCACCCAAGUUCACCCGUUCCACUCCAUCGCUAACUCCCAAAUCUUGGAUUGAAGAUAAUGUUUUUAGAACAGACAACAAUAGCAACACUCUCUUACCCUUACAGGUAAGAAUGGAUCGCAGCAGAAUGUACGACAGCCUGAAUAUGCACUCACUGGAAAAUUCUCUCAUUGAAAUAAUGAGAGCCGAACACGAUCCCCUCAAGGGUCGUUUGAACUACCCCCAUCCUGGGACUGACAGCCUUCUUAUGUUAAAUGCAAGGAGUUAUGGGAGAAGACGAGGACGCUCUUCCCUGUUCCCUUUAGACGAUGGUUUGCUGGAUGAUGGACAUAAUGACCAAGUUGGGGUUCUGAACUCUCCCAAUUGCUAUUCUGGACACCAGAAUGGGGAGAGAAUUGAGCGCUUCUCAAGGAAGGUGUUUGUCGGCGGCCUUCCACCAGAUAUUGAUGAAGAUGAGAUCACCGCCAGUUUCCGCCGUUUUGGCCCCUUAGUAGUUGAUUGGCCCCAUAAAGCAGAAAGCAAAUCCUACUUUCCACCUAAAGGUUACGCAUUUCUUCUUUUCCAAGAGGAAAGUUCCGUUCAAGCAUUGAUUGAUGCCUGCAUUGAAGAGGAAGGAAAACUCUAUCUGUGUGUUUCAAGCCCUACCAUCAAGGACAAGCCAGUUCAGAUUCGACCUUGGAAUUUGAGUGACAGCGACUUUGUGAUGGAUGGAUCACAGCCUCUUGAUCCCCGGAAGACUAUAUUUGUUGGAGGUGUUCCCCGGCCACUGAGAGCUGUGGAACUAGCUAUGAUCAUGGAUCGUCUCUAUGGAGGAGUUUGCUAUGCAGGAAUUGAUACAGAUCCAGAACUGAAGUAUCCCAAAGGAGCUGGCCGGGUUGCAUUCUCCAAUCAGCAGAGUUACAUUGCAGCCAUCAGUGCUCGAUUUGUUCAACUUCAGCAUGGUGACAUUGAUAAAAGAGUGGAGGUGAAGCCAUACGUGUUAGAUGACCAGAUGUGUGACGAAUGCCAGGGGGCCCGCUGCGGUGGGAAAUUUGCUCCAUUUUUCUGUGCCAAUGUCACUUGCCUGCAGUAUUAUUGUGAGUUCUGCUGGGCGAAUAUCCACUCUCGUGCCGGCCGGGAAUUCCACAAGCCGCUGGUGAAGGAAGGAGCCGACCGGCCUCGCCAGAUCCACUUCCGCUGGAACUAAGCAUUGCUUUGCCCACUUCUUACUGAGAAAAGGGUGCAUGCGGCUUACUGGUUUUGACGAUAAUUUAAGUGCAGAAGAAAUAAGUGCAUUCUUCUGCUUUCCCCCCUCCCGCCCUCAAUACAUGCAUCGUUAUCAGCAGCCAAAACACUAAGCCUCUUGUUUUUCACCAAAACCCUACAUCUCAGGCUUUCUAAUUUUGUGUGAUAUUUUUUCAUGUCAAAUUUUUUUUAUAUAUAUAUUUUUUUCCAAGUUCUUUUUUUAUAUGUAAUGCUAAACUAGAUAAUGGGGAAUGUUUUUUUUUUUUCUUUUGCGUAGGGGCAGUCUGCUGCUAUAUUUAUGGGUGAAGCGUGCACUUAUUUCUACAUUUGGGUUUUUAACUUCAAGAUCAGCCCCAGUAAUUUACCAAAGGUAGCAAAUUAAUAGUGAAAAUGGAAUAUGUCUGCUACUAAAAAGCUUAUUUUUUAUCGUUGCUAUUUUAAGUGUGUAUGUAAAGGUAAAACGAAAAACAAAAAAGAGAAAAAAAAAAAUAUUAGGGUUGAUUUUUUUUUUUUUUUUUUGCUCUCCAUUUUGACUUGCAAGAAAAUAAUACCUCAAGAUAAUCUGAUUUAUUAGCUAUUUUUAAAACAUUUUUAAUCAUAAGCUGUAUUAGCUUUGCUGCUAUAUAGGUGUUGUGUGUAAUGCCACCUAUUAAUACAGGAUUGAAAAAGUUUUCAAAUAAACUGCAUUGCAGACAAAUGCAGCACAAUAUGGCCUAGACUGCCAUAGUUUUAGAAUGUGAAUUAUGCAUGUUUACCUACGUGUCUACACCAUAUGCAUGCACUAGAACUAUUAACCACAGAUACGGUAUUGCAGAAAAAAACAAAAAGCUUUUGAAACUAGGUACAGUAGCAUGAGUAAAUAACAAAACAUUUUGUUAACAAAAAAAAGCAUAUUUGCAUGCGUUAUCGUGACUGACGUAAGAAAAGAAAAAAAAUGUCCUUACAUGUGUACAAUAUGCAAUCUAUUAGUUUUUAGAUCAGUAAGUGCAGCCAUUUUUGUGUCCUGGUCGGUAGUGGACUUCAAUUUUCUAAAAAAGAUUGGAUGUUAAUCUCGUAAUCCCAGUGCAAUUGUUGUGGCGUGCAGUUCUGAUGCUUGUGACGUGAUGUAGCAGAAAAAAAAGGAGAAAAAAAACGCAAAAAAAAAAUAGAAAGUUCAAAUCUUCUGAAAGAGCGUUAAUUAAGCUCCCCCAUACGUUAAAAUAUUAAUGAAGACUUCCUUUAAAAUAAAGAAAACCAAAGAUGGCCAGCACACUUUUAAUCAGUCACCAAAUGUAUAACCCGCAGGCUAUUUAUCUACGUAUACGUUUAUACAAAUGCUUGACGCUUUAGUUAAAACAAAAAUAAAUAAUAAUAAGUCAAAAUGGAGAUAAUAUUAUACAGACGGCUAGUUGCAUAACAAGAUCCCUUUACCUUUAAGACAACAGUGACAUGUGACAUGGUUCCUUUUGCAUAUGAUUAUGGCUUUUUAUUUUAUAUUUUAUAUUUUAUAUUCUACUCCUUAUAAAACAUAACUGCCUGUUACAUGGAAGUUUAAUGACAGUCGCAAUCUAAUUUUUUUUUUAAUUAUUAUCACUAUUCAUAUUUUUAAUGACAAUAUAAAGUCAACUUUAUUUUAUAGUGCAGAAUAACAUUGGACUGAGUUCUAAAUUCCAUAAGUCAGGAGGUUAUGCAACUAGCCCAAAAAAACAAAGGAAAUAUGAUCUAAUAAUGUUUUUACUCCACAAAUCUACCAAUUUAUCACAGAAUUACUAGAAGGAAUGGAAAAAAAAAAGGGUAUUCUGUGCAAGCCCUUGGGACAAUCUUCUGUGUACGAAAAUUUGUGGUCUUAUCGGUUGUCAACAGCGUGCUUUUUUUUGUACUGUAAAAUAUGUGAUUCCUGUCUCCCGUUAACCGUUUUAUUGUGGUCGUAGUUCGCGUUUUAAAUGUUUGAAAUUGAUGCUGUUCUAAGAAGUGCUUUUCUUUUCUAAUUUAUUUGUCAAAGUCCCCUCUUUCUUCCCCGUCGCUUAACCCAGAUCUCCUCCUAAAUGUUUUUCGGGAUCGCAUUAACAUUAAGUCUGGAAAAAAAAAAAAGCUUCGCCCCUUGCCUAACCCAAAAAAAAAUCAUUGACUUUGUUAUGCACUAUGUUUUAUAUCCGAGACAAGAUAUUCCUUGGAAAUUGGAAGCACACUUGUUUUAGCAGUCGCUAUACCUCAGUUGUUUUGGGUUUUCCUUUGUAAACCUUUGUUUUAUUUGAAAUAAGCUGAUUUAAAUACAGAAUGGGAAACGAAACGAACACCCCAAGAAAAAUUCAGAGAAAACAAUUGAGGUAUUGAUUAGAGAAAAGAGAUCCCUUACUAACAAAUAUUUAGCAAAAUAAUCUAUGGGAAAAACAAAAAUAUCCUUAAUUGGAAAGAGGAGAGCGGUAGAAAGUUUUCUUUUGGGAAAAAAUGUCAUUUCACUUCUACGCGGAGCAGCGAAGGCUCCUCUUAACCCCACUUUCUGUGUGCAUGUCCGUGUGUGUGUAGUAAAAUCUUAUUUUCUAAUUGUUAAACACUGUAUUGGAUUUUUUAUAAAUCAUAUUUAUUUUACUAUUUUUGUAGAAGAUUGCUAGUUGAUUUUGAUUGUAUUUUUAUAUUUUUAAAGCUUCACUUUUGUUCCCCCUACGUGCAUAUUGCUACCCAAGGGUAUAUGACUAUGGAGGAAAAAAACUUUAAAAAAAAAAAAUCCACACUUUUUGUUAAGAAGGAAACAUUUAGCAUUUAUAUAUUUGUGAAUGGACAACACUUGAUAUUGUAUCCCUGUUGCAUCUGGCUGCACAAAGCCUCUCCUCAAAGAUGCUACAAAAACUUGAAUAUAACACAUUUUGGAAGGCUGACUAACCUCGAUUCUGUGUUGUGAUGUGCAAUACUGUUUCUAAUAUUUGUAUAAAAAAAAAAAAAACAGUGUAAACCUUUUUAAUGCAAAUUUAUUUUUUUCAUUGCAUAUUUUGCAGAUUUUAUCCACAGUGUCAUUUUUUACUGUCAAAAAAAGAAUAACCCCUUUUGUCAUUGCAACUAUUUUUUAAAUCCAGAAAUCUUUGUACUGAUGUAAAUGAUUGUAGUUAUUUUGGAUAGUGUUUUGCUAACAAAAGGAGAGACUUUUUUCAUGCAUAUUUCUAUUUUGUUGUUUUUUCUUUGUUUUUCUUUGUUUUUUUUUUUCCUGUUUUUUGUUUUUUUUUUAUUAGAAGUAAUAUUCUGGUCAUUAAUAUCAUUUUGUAUUUUUUUGUGGGAAAAAAUAUAAUUUUAUGACGCUAAUUGCUAAAGUUUUAUUUUAUUUUUAAUUAUUUUUGGAGCUGAAAUCUUUGUACUAUUAAAGCAACUAGUUUCUAAUUCAGAGUUUCUGUAUAGAAUGGCACAAGUGGCUUACGGAGAGUGUUUGGAUUGUAAUUAUUAAAGGUUCUUUGAUAUGCAAAUAAUUUAGUUGAUUUAUUUUAUAUUUUUGGGGGUAUUAAAGCAGUUUUCUUUUCUAUAUAUUUAAGAGCCCAUGCUUUUAAGGACACUAGGUGAUUGCCUUCAGCUUGAUUUUUAUUUUUUGUAUUUUUUUUUUUAAUUUGAAAUAAUUUAGUUUCAAUUUUACUGUUAUCUUCCAGGUGUCUAAAUCUCCAGUCUGUCUGUUGUACUGGUAAUUUAACUCUGUAAUGAAAUAGUUUGCUGCCAACUAUUUAUAUUAAGUAAUUUUUAAAUAUUUGUAAUAUUGUUGACUGACUAAUAAACUUAAGUUAUUGGCA